AUGUCUCUCACGUGGCACCCGCCACUCCAGCUCCGCGCGCGCCCUCCCGCGGUCGCCGUGGCCCACCGGCGCCGCGUGCUCCUCUCGCCGCACCGCAGUCGCUCCUGCCAUCGCUGCACCGGCACCGGCGUGGCAGGUGCGGGCGUGCGUCUCAUUUGCAACCACCGCCAAGCGUCCCACAUGCCAAGACCCACACGUCCACUUAUGUGCUUGGAAGUUGGAACCAUUGGCUACAUCGAUCCGGAGUAUGCCCUGAUGUCGAGGCUGAAUGAGAAGUCCGAUGUGUACAACUCCGGUAUCGUCCUUCUGGAGUUGCUCACAGGGCUGAAGACAGUCGACAACGAUUCCAAUUUGCACCAGUUGAUAAUGUCGAGAGCCGAUGACAACACGGUGAUGGAGGCGGUGGACUCGGAGGUGUCGGUGACAUGCACGGACAUGGGGCCGGUCCAGAAGGCAUUCCAGCGGCACCCCAUUGACCGACCGACGAUGCACGAGAUGGCCCGGGUGCUGCUCUCGCUCAUCCCUCUUCAUCUCAGAUAUUGGAUUGAAGAAAAUUGA